CAAGCAAGAAAUAUUUUCUACUGGGGAUUGGCUCGCAAGAGUGUCGCAUUAAAAAAAAAAAAAAAUCUCUACCUAAUCUAUAUUUUGAGAAUUGUUGGUUUCGUUCUCCUUUUUUAUUUCUUUAAUUUUUUUUUUCUUUUUUAACUUUUACCACCUUAAAAAAAAAUGCACUGCUGUGUGCUGAGCGCUUUUCUGAUCCUGCAUCUGGUCACCGUUGCGCUUAGCCUGUCUACCUGCAGCACGUUGGAUAUGGACCAGUUCAUGCGCAAGAGAAUCGAGGCAAUCCGCGGGCAGAUCCUGAGCAAGCUGAAGCUCACCAGUCCCCCAGAAGACUACCCAGAGCCCGACCAAGUGCCCCCGGAGGUGAUUUCCAUCUACAACAGCACCAGGGACUUGCUCCAGGAGAAAGCAAGCCGGCGAGCUGCCGCCUGCGAGCGCGAGAGGAGCGACGAGGAGUACUAUGCCAAGGAAGUUUACAAAAUCGACAUGCCGCCCUUCUUCCCCUCGGAAAAUGCCAUCCCGCCCACUUUCUACAGACCCUACUUCAGAAUUGUGCGAUUUGAUGUCUCAGCAAUGGAGAAGAAUGCUUCCAAUUUGGUGAAAGCAGAGUUCAGAGUCUUCCGUUUGCAGAACCCAAAAGCCAGAGUGCCUGAACAACGGAUAGAACUGUAUCAGAUUCUAAAAUCCAAAGAUCUAACAUCCCCAACCCAACGCUACAUCGACAGCAAAGUUGUGAAGACACGAGCUGAAGGCGAAUGGCUCUCCUUUGAUGUCACUGACGCUGUUCAUGAAUGGCUUCACCAUAAAGACAGAAACUUGGGAUUUAAAAUAAGUUUGCACUGUCCUUGCUGUACCUUUGUACCAUCCAACAAUUACAUCAUCCCAAAUAAAAGUGAAGAACUCGAAGCAAGAUUUGCAGGUAUUGAUGGCACCUCCACAUAUACCAGUGGUGAUCAGAAAACUAUAAAGUCCACUAGGAAAAAAAACAGUGGGAAGACCCCACAUCUCCUGCUAAUGUUAUUGCCCUCCUACAGACUUGAGUCACAACAGUCCAACCGGCGGAAGAAGCGUGCCCUGGAUGCCGCCUAUUGCUUUAGAAAUGUGCAGGAUAAUUGCUGCCUACGUCCACUUUACAUUGAUUUCAAGAGAGAUCUUGGGUGGAAAUGGAUACAUGAACCUAAAGGGUACAAUGCUAACUUCUGUGCUGGCGCGUGCCCGUAUUUGUGGAGUUCAGACACUCAACACAGUAGGGUCCUCAGCUUAUAUAAUACUAUAAAUCCAGAAGCAUCUGCUUCUCCUUGCUGUGUGUCCCAGGAUUUAGAACCGCUAACCAUCCUCUACUACAUUGGCAAAACACCCAAGAUUGAACAGCUUUCUAAUAUGAUCGUGAAGUCUUGCAAAUGCAGCUAAAAUCCUUGAAGAGUGUCGGGGCGCUGAUCACAGUGAUGAUGAUGAUGGUGACGACAAUGACGAUGUUGUAACAAGAAAACAUAAGAGAGCCUUGGUUCAUCAGUGUUAAAAAAAUAAAUGGAAAACGCGGUACUAGUUCAAACACUUUGAAAGUUUGUGUUUUGUUGGUUAAAACUGGCAUCAGCAACAACAAAGUUGAAGACCUGAUUCUACAUUUCAUCUACUCUGUAAGUGAGAUAGACAAGAAGCAAAAUCUUUU